AUUAAAUCUGUCAAUCUGUUGUCAAUAUUGAAUAAUGACAUUUGUCAAUGAUCACAUUAAAUACUAUUUGUUUAAAAUAAGUAAUAUUGUAUAAAUUUUGUUUCAUAUAUUUAAAUAAAGAAAUAAUAAAGGUCCAGAAAUCAUGAAUAUUAUUAUAAAGCAGUUACAAGGCGGCGAAUGUAGUUUACAGGUUCAACCAUCAACAAAAAUAUCAGAAAUCAAAUCACACAUUGCAACGACGCUAAGGAUACCUAUAUCGGAACAGAAACUCUUACUACUAGGCCGAACUCUAGCAGACGAUCAAACAGUACAAUCCUACCCUCAAAUCAAAAACGGUACAAAGUUAAACCUAGUUGUUAAGAAACCUGAGGGCCUCUUAGAAGUAUCCACGAAAUAUUUCAAAAAGCAUGGCAUGUCAGAAAUGGAGGCUAAAAAUGCAGCAAAUCGUUUGUUAAAAGUAGUGGAAGAAAAAUUCAACAAGUUGUCUUGGGAUGAUAUCGAAAGGUUGAGUCUCGAUUGCAUGAUCGAAGAAUGUGGACACCUUCAACCUGCCUUGGAGCAGGAACAGGAAACAGAGUGUGAAGACGCAUUUGGAUUGUGACCAAACACUAACCGAUUCUUGGAAUUGCUUAAUCGACUUUUAUAAUUACAAGACAGUGAACCAGUAACUUUAUUACAGAAAUUUGUAAAAUACACAUACAAUAUACAAUAGACGAGCUAUGUCUGUAAAUUAAGAGUAAUAUCACUCGAUAUAUUUUAGUUUAAAAUUACUGCAUCAUAUUAACAUGUUAAAUUUAAUUAUUCACAUAGAUUUUUAUGGAAAUUUGAGUGAUGUUUUAUAGAAAAAAUAGUCUACUAUACAUUUGUAAAAUUUAAUAAAAUAGUUUUUGUUCUAUGCAAGUAGUUUACAAAUAUGAAUGUGUCCGUAUUAAACAUAAUAUUUAGAUCGUAAAUAAUUGUAAGUAAUAAAUUUAAUUCUUCCAAAAGUAUGACGUAACGUUCAUCACAUUUGCGUUAUAUAAAAGUACUACAUCUAUUAUUUUAGCCCAAAUGUUAGUAAUAACUUUUUAACUCUCAAUACCAAACCCUAGUAUUAUACUAAACUUGCUAUUAUAUUACCCAUAGUUUUGCUAGCAUUUAAAUAAAACCUAAAUAAUCAUAUAUUGCGCAAGGCGGUUACAGAAAAGCUUGUGCCUCUUACUAUAGAUUGAUAUUUUAAUUGGCAAAAAAAGGACCCAAAUGUAUGGUGUUACACAUUAAUAUUUAAAUAUAAAGACAAAAAAUAAAACAAGAAACACAAAAUAUUGAAUUAUGUUUGAAAACACAAAAAAUCGCAAGAUAAACUUACUAAGAAGUAGUUCCUCCCCUAUUUCCUCUAACAACGCAUUGCGAAAUGCGCAAUUGACAUAUCUGUUCUGUUCUGUUGCGUUCUUAACAAAUGAUAGGACUUAUUAGGUUAUCUGAAAUUGAAGCAUAGCAAUUUUUUGACUAUCUCAUCCCAUUAUAAACACGAUAGUGUUGAUGUUGUAAUAUAUACAUUGUAUCUUCAACAGGCGUUUGUAAUGGACCUAUAGAUUUUAAAAGUAAGCAAUAAAUAGUUCAGUAGCUGUAUGUAUGACACAAAAAUAAAAAUAAAAUCUUUAGAGCUAAAUUAAUAUCGUAAGAAAAGCAGUGAUAAAUACAUUAGAGAAUAUUUCAGUGUGUUGUGUAUAUUUUGCUGUAAUAAAAUGGGUGAUUACGGUUUUGGUUGUGAACAUUUGGACGAUGGUGAGAAUAAAAAGGGAUUUUGUAUUUU